AUGUUGGCUCCAACGCUGGCACCGACGGUGAGUCCAACACCAGCGCUGACGUCGGAUGGCAGAGCGGGGCCAACAGCUCCAAUGCCGAGCCCAACGCUGGCUCUGACGCCGCCACCGAGACCAGGUCCAAUCUCCAACAUCAUCUCCGGCACCGGCUCCGAGAGCAGCUCCAAUAUCAGCCCCAAGGUUGGGGCCGACAUCGGCACUGGCACCAGCUGCCACACCAAGGCCAAUGUCAACUCUGAUGCCGGCUCCCACGCCAAUGCCAACUCCAGCGCUGACAUCAGAGCCGAGACCGUGUCCAACACCAUCUCCAAGACCACGUCCAACGUUCGCUCCGAUGCCAGCUCCAAGACCAGGGUCAACGUUGGCCCCAACGUUGCCUCCAAGACCAUGUCCGAUGGCAGAUCCAAGACCAGGUCCCAUGUUGGCAUCAAGACCAGGUCCCACGUUGGCUCCAAGACCAGGUCCAACACCAGCUCCAAGACCAGGGUCAACGUUGGCUCCAAGGCCCGCUCCAAGACCGUGUCCGACAUCGGCUCCAAGGCCACAUCCAACAUUGACCCCAAGGCCAAGGCCAAUGUUGAUGCCAACAUUAGCUCCAACGUCGUCUCCAAGCCCAGAUCCAACACCAAGGUCCACGCCAGAUCCAACGCCAGGGCCAACACCGAGGCCAACGCUGGGGCCAGUGCCAACUCCAAG